UUUGAUAUUGUUAUUUUAUGUUUUUUUAUUCAGCUUUGACCUUCUUUCAGCUUUUUGGGUUUUAUUAGAUUUGUUUUCUGGGCUUUUGGAUUGAAUUUCAAAGGUUUUAGGGGUUUCAAAGUUUGGGUUUAAUCAUUAAGCUUCUUUGGGUAAUGUGAAUUUUAGUGAGGAACUGAGCAGAAAAGCUGGUUGGUGGCCUAAAAGUUCAAUAAAAGCAGCUUGACUGGUAGAUGAGAAAAUAGAGAGAGAGAGAGAGAGAGACCUCAAAUAAGAAAAAUCGAACUUUGUGUAUGCAAAAAUAGUUCUUUCUCUUUAAAGUCAUGCCGGUUGAGUUAGAUAAUUCCUCCACCACCGCUUCUGGCGGUGAAGCCAGCGUCACUUCCUCCGGAAACCAAAACCCACCUCCCAAAACCACCGUCAAGAAGAAACGUAACCUCCCUGGCAUGCCAGAUCCAGAUGCGGAGGUGAUUGCUUUAACUCCGAAAACUUUAAUGGCUACAAACCGAUUCGUUUGUGAAAUUUGCAAUAAAGGGUUUCAAAGGGACCAAAAUCUGCAGCUUCAUAGACGAGGCCAUAAUUUACCAUGGAAGCUUAGGCAAAGAUCGAGUAAUGAAGUGAAGAAGAAAGUUUAUGUUUGUCCCGAGCCGACUUGCAUUCAUCACGAUCCGUCCAGAGCUUUGGGCGAUCUCACUGGAAUUAAGAAACAUUUCUGCAGAAAACAUGGAGAAAAGAAGUGGAAGUGCGAUAAAUGUUCCAAAAAAUACGCCGUUCAAUCCGAUUGGAAAGCUCACUCUAAGAUUUGUGGCACUCGCGAGUACAGAUGUGAUUGUGGAACUGUGUUUUCCAGGAGGGAUAGUUUUACUACCCACAGAGCUUUCUGUGAUGCUUUAGCUGAGAGUGCUAAAGCUCAACCCUUGCCUGAGCCUCCGAAUCCCAAAUCAGACUCCGACCCUAAACCACAAGUUCCUAAACCUGAACCGGCAAUGGCACCGGUUCUGGUGCCCGUGGCUGCAGCUGCACCAGCUCUGUCUCAGUCAACUAGUGUGAUAUCUUCUUCAGUUUUGCCGAUUCAAAGUUCUGAGUCGCCUGAAAAUCCCACUCCUGUUGUACAAAGAGCUCUAGCACCGGCUCCAGCACCGGUACAGGCACCAGCUAGUGUGAAUGUAAAUUGUAGCAGUAGCGCAGACUCAGUCAGCAAUGGUAGCUGCAGCAGCAGUGUGUUUGCUAGCUUAUUUGCACCCUCAACUACAUCUGCUAGCUUACAACCUCCGCAACCUCCGGCUUUCACUGACUUAAUUCGAUCUAUGAGUCGACCUGAUCGUCCAUCUGAGCUUGAGCUAUGUACAUCAGCUGAACCGAUUUCUCUGUGCCUCUCGACCAACCAUGGCUCGUCAAUAUUCGGGACUGCAGGGCAAGAACGCAGGCAGUAUGCGCCACCACCGCAGCCUACUAUGUCUGCCACAGCACUACUACAGAAAGCUGCUCAGAUUGGAGCAGCAGCCAGCAAUGCAUCAUUGCUUCGUGGUCUCGGUAUCGUUUCAUCUUCCUCACAACACAAUAAUUUGCAGUGGGGUCAGAGACAAGUUGAGUCCGAGAAUUCCUCGAUUGCAGCAGGUCUUGGACUUGGACUUCCUUGUGAUGAAGGUUCAGGAUUAAAGGAAUUAAUGAUGGGAACUCCUGUAUUCGGUCCUAAACAAGCCACUCUUGAUUUCCUCGGACUAGGGGUGGCCGCUGGUGGCACCCCCAACAGUGGCUUCUCAGCUCUAAUCACCUCCAUCGGUGGCGGACUUGAUGUAACCGCAGCAUCCGCAUCCUUUGGAGGUGUGGAUUUUACCAGCAAUGACAUCGGAAGGAGCUCAUAACUUGGGAAACAACAAUCAUUCCUCAAGAACAUACAUUGAACAGAUCGGCGAUGCAGAAGAAAACAGCGGUAACUCAUAAUUAGCCCAAAGAACCGCCAUUGCCGAGGUUAGCAGCAAGCCGUUAAAAUAGGCAGUUGCGAAAACGGACGUUGUUGUGGCAGUAGUAGUCUCCUCUAGUACAAGGUAAACUCGAAAACCAGACCAGAUGCUUUUAGGACAUUAGCUGUCCAAGGAGAUUGACAUUCUCUGUCUUGUUUAUCAAGCUUGUAAAGAUUUGUAGUUGCAGACAUUAGUGGUGGAAAAUUAGCUCUAAAGUGGAAUACCCCCAACAUUGGACUGGCAAUUUUGCUGGAUUAGACUUCCACUUUGUUAUUUAU